AUGGUUGCAAAAUUUGUCUUCCUUUUCGCCCUUGUGGCAGCAGUCAGUGCCUCGGAUUACUCUGGCUUCUCUUAUGGUGUUGCUGAUCCUUACACCGGUGACUACAAGAGUCAGAUUGAAAGCCGCGCCGGUGACAAUGUUCUGGGCCAAUACUCUCUGCUUGAGGCUGAUGGAACCCGCAGGACUGUCGAUUAUGCCGCUGGUGCACAGGGCUUCAAUGCUAAUGUCAGGAAGGACCCUGCUCUGAUCCCGGCUGCUCCUUUCGCCUAUACCGCUCUCCCCUAUGGAUACAGCUUACCUUAUAGCUACGGUAACAUCGCCAGCUAUGGUGGCCUCGGAUACGCUGCACCUUACGCCUUCAGACGGUUUGGACUGAACUGA